UUUAUAUUAUAAGAUAACCAUUAACUAGUGUCUCACUCUCAGGCAGUCAGGCCUCAGCAACUCAAAUUUCUAAUGUUGAACUGUACUGUAGUUACUAGUUUACUAUUUUUCACAAUCCAUACAAACAAAGUUUUAAAGAUUUGCCCAAAAUUAAAAUAACGUUAUUUAAUUUUGUACAGUCAAUUCCCUGAUAUCGAGACAAAAUAUUGUUUGAAACAGCAAUUUGAAUUGAAAUCAUCCUACUACAAUUGAUGACAUUUUACUUCUUAUUCACUACUUCUCAACUAUGGCUUACAAUGAUAAGCAUAGACAAUUUUUACAAUACUUCAUGCACGAAAGAAUGGUUUCUGAAAAUGAUGCUAAAAGUGUAAGUAACAUUCUUUUUCCUGAAAAAGACAUUGAUAUCAUUAUUGAACUAAUAAACACUAAAAUUUCUCCACUUGAAUUCAAAAUCAACAAAGUGAUAUGUGAACAAGAUGGCAUUGUAACAUAUGUAUUCAUUGCUACGUUUCUUGAUGAUUUCAAUACUAAACCAGAUACAAGCAAAAUAAUCUUUGGUAGACUUGUUAAUCAUAUUAUAGCUUUAGGCGGAUCAGUAACUUACGAUGAAGUCAUGACAUUUUCUACGAAUAUAACUGAUUCUCAGCUGGAUAACUUUUUUGCAUCAAAAUAUUUGAUUGCUGACAAAGACAAAAACAUUUUUUUGUCACCAUUGACCAUUAGCGAAAUGGAAGGAUAUUUAACUGAAAAAUUUCCAGACAAAAGAUGUAUGGGUUGUUUAAGUAUUGUUGGACAUGGUAUUAAAUGUCCAUCAUGUGAAAAUUUUGCACAUGGGCAUUGCUUGACUACAUAUUUUAAUAAUGUGGGUAGCAAGAAGUGUCCCAAAUGUUCUAAAACAUUAAAUGUUAGUUGGAAUUCGAUAACAGCUGUCAAUAAGUUAUAAUAAAUAUAUUUCAUAUUUCAUUAUUAUUAUUAAACUUAUUCUAUGUGUAUUAC